AUGUUGGAUUUUAUGGAGAAUGUGCAGAAUGCAUUCUAUGAAGCUUCGCAUUGGAACGUCGACAAUUCCUAUGGCGCCCUGAACGCGACCGCGCGAGCAUUGCUCGACUUCCAGACACCGAGAGGACUGAGACUCCAGAUAUCCUCCCUUGCCGCCUCAAAUUUCGCGACCUCGUAUACGAUAGGAAGUGUGGGGUUUGUCGAUGGCUCCGUGUCUUACCUGUACUCUUCGCUUCCAUUGAGGAGGAAGUUCAAAAGCGUCGAUCUCGACUUACACCAUGUUGUACGAGGUUAUCGACAUCUGCAAGACCUAAGGAGGCCAGACGAGGAUUGGUGGUGGGAGAUAUGGCACAGCGGGAAACGGAUCGACCGCAAAGAUACUCUGCUGUACGGACGCAUAUUCUUGCCUCAGUCCAGGUUAGAGGCCCUGUAUCUGCGUCGCCUGUCACCGACCCGGCAGCUGCGUGUCUCUGCCGUCAGCGACUCGAACCUCAACAAUGGCGGCACCAUCCUCACGCUGCUGCAGAACGAUGUGGGCAAAUAUAGCACGGAGUACAUGUACAGCACCGAUUCGGCAUUGAUGGGGAUACGGGGUCUCUACAACUUCGGACGGGAUCCUCGAGCUGCGCCCACGGAGCCUAUGACCGCUCAGCAAGUCGCUGAACCCGUGCACGGCCGAUUCAGCGCCGGAGCGGAACUCUACUAUGGACUCUUGAACAAGAGCGGCGGCAUCAGCACCGGCUUACGUUUUACGACGCUGCCCAACCAUACGGGCUUUCCGUAUACGAUGACGCUUACGUUGAAUCCGUUGAUGGGUAAUCUUUCCUCCACCUAUGCUGUCAAGGCCAGCCACAACCUAGCGCUGUGCUCCCGGUUUGACUUCAACUUCUAUUCCUACGAAAGCGAGCUGCAGCUCGGUUGCGAGUUGUGGCGACGCCGCAGCAACACCGACGUGGAAUGGGCGGUUAAAAAGCUGCGCCCAGACUGGAGGAGGCCGACGGUUGGGCCCGAUGACGAUGUGUCUGGCAUCCUCAAAGCCCGCGUCGACCAGGACUGGCGCAUUGGAGUGCUGUGGGAGGGCAGGAUCAAAGAGCUGCUGUUCACCCUUGGCGCAAGCCUCGACCUGAAGAAGCGAGAGCAGGUAUUCCGGGCAGUCGGUAUCGAGCUGCAGUACUCCUCGUGA